AUGGCCGAUAUUCGCAGAAGCGCUGAGGAUGCCCUAUCCAAUAUGCAAUCCCUCACACAACCUGUGUGCUUGGCGAUCAGAGCCUCAGCAUCUGCUCUUAAACCUAUGCAGAAUUUCGUCGAUAAUUGGACGCCUCUCUUGAACAAGGUCAAGAUGUUUUGUGACCUGAUGGAUGGUAUUGCCGAAGUGCAUCCUUACGCAAAAAUCGCCUGGGGAAUCGUGUCUAUACCACAGAAGAUCAUGAACGACCAGAUGGACCGCGACGAUCGAAUACAGAAACUCUUCGUGACCAUGAACUCCUUUUACGACAUUGUCAGCGACCUAGAGAACAGGCCUGAGACGAGGCUCACUCUGCAAGACCUUCCGCAACGAAUAGCGCAACAGACCAUAGAAUGCUUUUACUUCAUUCGGGACUAUGCAAAGACCGAGGGCUUCGUAAAACGAAUAGGACAGCAGUUAUUCUCCACAAAGAAUGUCAUGAUCGACACAUACUGUACUGUGUUUGUCAAGUUCAAGGAGGAGUUCUACGGCAGAGUGGCCGUUCAGACCUUGAACACCGUGAAUAAGACCAAGAUUGUUGUAACGUACAUCCUUGACGACGUAGAAGACUCUGCCAUCGACAUCAACUUAGACGACAUGUCAUAUGUGAAUGACGCGAACUUUGACGAGGCAAAGGGAUGCUAA